UUUUGAGUGUAUAAAAAAUGAAAGACCCUAAUGGAUCAAUUAAGGCAACAUCUAGUCAAAAUGGGUCGGUUAGAUUUAACAGUUAAAGUUCUCAACCUUUCUCCCAAGGUGACGGUCGCUGAGUUGAAUAGCUUCUUCUCUUACUGUGGAACUGUUGAGAAGAUCCAGCUUCAAAAAAACAAAGACCAAUUACGGGCUUUAGUGACUUUCAGGCAGCCAUAUGCGUUUCAGACUGCACUUCUCCUUAAUGAUGCAGUCCUUCCAAGCGGUCAAAAAAUUAGCAUACCAGAUCCAGAUUUGAUUACUGAAACUGAGAAUCGCGAGGGGAGUGAAUCUAUUCCAGCAUUCCAAGCUGCAGCAAUAGAAAGUAUGGCUUCAAAAGGUGUUGGAAUGUUGAAGAAGACCAAAGAUGAGCUAGAGGAGAAUUUGAAGCUUUCAGAGAAAGGAAAAGUGGCGGUGGGCAGAACAAGAACAGCAGUUAAUGUUGCAGGGCAGACAAUAGAACGUAUAGGUAGGACAAUCAAGAGCAAUGACAUAAUUUCAACAGCUGCUCUUUGGAUCUCUGACGCACUAGAUAAAGCUUCUAAGAGUGUUUCAACUCUGGCCAGUGGCAAAACCAAUAACCCAAACUCUAGGAAGCUGAAAUAAACAAGCCACUUAUGGUGACCCUUACAACUGCCUGUAGAAUAUAUAUUAUUUGAGAGAUUUUUGCAUAUUGUAGUUGAUGUGUCUUUGUAAAACCUUCAGUAUCUUGUGAUCUAGUAAUAAAUAAUGGAUAGAUUUUGUAUCUUUUUAA